AUGGCUGAGAAAGGCUCAGCAGAGCCAGUUUGGACCCAUUGGUUGACAUCCGUCAGUACUGGUCGAGUCGUGGUAGAAAUGAGCAACCAAGAGCCGGGCGAAGAGUCCCUUUUCAAGGUCAUCGGUAAUAUAAUCAUCGUCAAUUUGAUGGAGACGGUCGCAGAGGGCCAAGUGCUUGCAGAGAAGACUGGAUUGAAGAUCGGAAACCUACACAGUUGUCUCAGCACGAAACCAGGUGAGAAGAUAGUCGACUGCAUGCCGACUGAGCAUUAA